AUGAAAUAUAUUACACGUAAUAUUUAUAAACUUCAUGUAAAUCACGAAAUACGAAAUGUUCGUUCUAAAUUCACUAAAGCAGCUGUACUAAAAACUGUUAAAGAACCAUUGGUUCUUGAAGAUUUUAAAAUAGCGGAUAAACUCAAAGAAGGCCAACUCAGGAUUGCUGUAAAGUAUUGUGCUGUGAACAUGUCUGAUGCUUUAAUUUGCUCUGGGUUAUCUGAAAUCAAACCACUAUUACCAUGUGUUCCCGGUUUUGAAAUUGUUGGCGAAGUUAUAGAAUCCAAAGCUACAAAUACUGACGAUGAAGAAGAAGAUAUAUCAGUAGGUGAUCGAGUAUUGGUUUUAAACAAAGAAAUCAUGGGUGGAUUUGCUGAAGAAUGUAUUGUUGAUGAAAAAGAUAUUUUUGGAAUACCAUCAGAAUUGUCUUAUGAAACAGCUGUAUCGAUCGGAGACAGCUAUGCAACAGCGUUAAUAGGAUUAGCUCGUCGUGCAAACCUAAAAAAAGAUAAUACCAUUUUAGUAACAGCAGCUGCUGGUGGUUUAGGUUUAGCUGCAGUUGAUAUAGCUGCCAAUAUGUGUAAAGCUAAGGUUAUUGGAGCUUGUCGUUUAGAAAAAAAUACAUCUAUUGUAAGAGAUAAAGGAGCUUUUAUUUCUUUCGAAAUUAAAAGUCCUGAGUCCUUAUGCAAAAGAAUAUUAAAAGAAACUGAUGGCAAAGGAGUGGAUGUGGUGUUUGAUGCGGUUGGCGGAGAAAUUUUUCCAUCAGCAUUAGAUUGUGUUGGCCAUGAAGGUAAAGUAAUAGUUGCAGGUUUUGCAUCAUUACAACUACCACAGUUAAAUAUUAAUGAACUUCUACGUCGGCCUUCAUUUAGUUUAAUCGGUGUAUCAUUAAAUAAUUAUCGUACACAUUCAGUAAGGAUAUACAGGCAAUCUGUCAAAGAUGUAUUAACCAUGUGUAAAAUGGGUGUGAUUACUCCAAAUAUAUCGGAAACAUUAAAACUUGAACAAGUAAAUGAAGCAUUAGAACAUUUUUCAACAGACAAAAGCAGUGGUAAAAUUCUAUUAAAAAUUGCUGAUUAA